UGUACCUAAAGCAUCGCUCCAUAUCAUCAAGAAAACUGAGGAGAAACAAGAAAGACACAUUUAACCACUCGACUAUUAAUUAACCUACCUCAAGUAAAUAUGAUUUGAAAGCACGAUUACCAGAAUAAAGCUGUCACUUCGUUGUUGUCGUCGCUGAUGUAAGGGUACCAAACGUACCAGGCAGCCGCUUUGAGUUUAGCGAUAGUUUUGCGCUCGAGCCCCGUCCAAAUCCUUGGUCCAGAUGGACACUAAGACCUCAUGGGCUGAAAGAAGGUGCGCUUGGUUUAGGUCAUCGGCGGACAGAGUCCACGGUUGAGAAGAUUUUAGGACACAUGCGCCUAGCCUGGGUGCCAGUCUAUUGUUCUCUUGCCAACUCCGAACGCAAGAAAUGGGAAUUAAGAAUAGCCGUUUUCAGCCCGCUGGUGUUUAAACUUUUUUUUUUAAACAUAGGCCCAAUUAAAAUAAUAAAAACAUACUUUCCUCCCUUGCGGUAAUAAUCACCCCACUGCUUUCACCAAUCAAACCAUAGAUCUGCGCAAUGAGUGAGGAUGCAUUUUGAGUAUAGAGAAACUGAGAAAGCCAGUUGGUACAGCCUCUAAAAGAAGAAUGUGAAAAGACUGGUUCUCAUGUGACCAUGUUUCUAUUCUGAAACGCAAACUCAAGUUUUAUUCGCAAGUGGGCACACCUGACGGUUUCACGCCUACUCCCAGACAAAAAUACAAAAACUAUUUCAAAUCGAGAAGAGCCACUGGUUGCACAUAUCACCGAAUCUCAUUUUGUUGAUGUAAAUCAGAGACUACAGAGGAAGACCCAGCAAACUAACAUUGUUCAGCAGCAGAGGUGGGACUGCCGUACUUCCUCUUUACCUUCUACCUCAGACCCUGCUUUGCCUAGCCAAGUGCGUCUGUCAUGGGGCUGCUUCUAUCCAAGAGGGACAUCAAGAGGACUCCCACGGUUGUUCUGAUGGGCCUGGGCUCAUCUGGGAAGUCCACCCUGCUCUUCAGGCUCAAGACAGGGUUGGUGAUGGAUACUUCCCCCACCGUGGGCUUCAACGUGGUGACCCUGGAUCUGAACAAGAAAACGGCCUUGACAGUGUGGGAUGUGGGCGGACAGGGGGAGAUGAGGGUCAACUGGAGGUACUACCUGGAGGGCUGUAAGGCUGUGGUGUUCGUGGUGGACAGUAGUGACCGGGCCAGUAUAGGGGAUGCUCAGAAGGCUCUGAAGAAUGUUCUGUCCGACAUCAACAUGAAGGGAAUACCUCUGAUGGUGCUGGCUAACAAGAAGGACCUCCCCAACACCAUGAACAUCAGAGAGGUGUCCAACCAGCUGGAGCUGCCCAGCUACAAAGACCGAGCCUGGCAGAUCCAGGCAUGCAGCGGCCUGAAGGGAAUGGGGCUCCAGCAAGCCUUCCUCUCUGUGGCCAAACUCAUCAAGAAGAGCUGAGAGGAGACACUUCAGUGGAGAUAUCACUGUGUGAGAGACACUUGACAAGUCGGAGAUACUGACCAUAUAGUGCACUACCUUAAAAUAGAACAAUAAAGUAACUCAGAAGUAGUGCACUAUAAAGGGAAUAGGGUGCCAUUUGAAAUGCAGAUUAUAACCAAACAAUGAUUGUGGAAGAGCCAGGAUUCUCAAUCCAAUUAUGAACUAAGCACAGGAUCCAUUAGGGCAUUUUGAUUGUGCAAUUAAAAUGCUUGAGAUUUAACACUUAACAUCACAGCAGUUAAAUGUGCCUGCUAAGGGAGACUGGAGAGUAUUGUUACACUUUGGAGAUGUGGGGAAAGAUAGCUAGGGAAACUAAUAUUUUUGUUUGCAGAUACAUCACUAUUUAUAUUAAUGAUAAACUAAUAAAACAUGUUAA